AUGAGUGAUCUUAUUGAUCUUGCUACUAAAAGUUAUGAAGAAUAUAUGACAUUAGUUGAUGAACAGGUUCAUAAAAAUUAUCAUGCCUGUACUAAAAAAAUGAAAGAAAUACAAAAAUUAAGACUUGUUUGUGAAAGAGCUAGAUAUGAAGCUAUGAGUAAAUUUAAUGAAGAAGCUAGUAAAAUUUAUGGUAGAAUGAAUGAAAUCAUUACAGGAAAUGCUCAACCAACAGAAGACGAAUUAGAAGGAUAUAUUAAAUCAGAUGAACUUGUUGCACAAGAAGGAUCACAAUUUAAUAAAGGAAUUCCAGUUUUUUGGUUCCAAGUACUUAAAAAUUCAAUGUUAUUUGAUUCAGCCAAUGGUUCUGAAGCUGAUAUUUCAGUAUUAAUUCAUUUAAAGAAUAUUAGAAUUGAAUAUAUGCCAUUAGAAGAUGUUAAAAAUAAAGAUGGAGAAGAUACAUUAAAGUAUCAUUAUAAAGUUCAUUUCGAUUUUGAACCAAAUGAAUAUUUCACUAAUGAAACAAUUACUGUUAGUGUUCAAUGCAAAUUAUGUGAAGCUGAAGGAGAAUUUGAUGAACCUGCUGUUAUUACUGAAACACCUAUUGAAUGGCAUAAAGAUAAAGAUGUUAGAUAUAAGUUGGUUAAAAGAAGAGGUGGUAAACGUGGAGGAAGAGGAAGACCAGCAGCUGCUGUUAGACAAAAAGUUGAAUCAUUCUUUGAUUUGUUCUAUACUCCAGCAUUACCAGAAAAUCUUAAUUUAGAAGAGAUGGAAGAAGUUGAUGAAGAUGUAAUUAUUUGCCACACUAAUUUCAAAAUCUUUAUGGAACUUAUUAAUGAAGUUUAUCCAAUGGCUUUGAGUUUCUUCGAUGAAAGUAUGGCUGAACCAGAUGAUGAAGACAUGGACGACGAAGAUAUGGAUGAUGAUUGUGAUGAUGACUGCGACUGUGAAGGUCAUGAUGAUGAGGAUGACGACGAUGAUGAAGAAGAUAAGCCACAUGGUAAUACAUCAAAUACAACUGCUCCACCUGUACCACAAGAAUGUCCACAACAAUAA